UCAUUUUUAUUCGACAGAAGUGACCCAGAAUCCGUAGCGCCCAUAAUCAUGGCUGGCGUUCUGAAAAAGACAACAGGCUUGGUGGGACUGGCCGUGUCCCACAACCCUCAUGAGCGCCUGAGGAUCUUGUACAGUAAGAUCCUGGCGUCUCUCCAGGUCAUCCCUCAGGACGCAGCCUACAGAAAGUACACAGAACAGCUUGUCAAUGAUCGCUUUGACCUUAUCAAAGCCGAGCCUGAUGUGGAGAAACUAGAGAAGAAAAUCAACUGUGGUCAGAUCGAGGAGGUCAUUCACCAGGCGGAGUGCGAGUUGGCUCUAUCCAGGAAGAUGGCAGAGUGGAAACCAUGGGAACCACUGAUUGAAGAGCCUCCUGUCAACCAAUGGAAGUGGCCCGUUUAAAGACUACUCACUGUAUUUGUCUGUUUGUGUCAGUGUAAUUACUUCAUUCCCAAUGAAGCAUGUACAAAUAAAGCUGUGGAAAUAUUUUCCCUAUCCUUGUAAAACUAA